AGAGCAUUUCGUUGUUCUAAUCAGAAGAAGAAGAAGACGAAGAAGAAGAAGAAGCUUUCUCUGUGCUUUUCUUUUCUUCUGUGAAAAUUUUCCAUUUUUCCAUUUUCUUCUACUUUCUAUCUUGUUUUCAGACGAGCCAAACAGGACUAACUGUCAAAUGUCGAGGAUCUGAGGCUUUCCAGGGACAAAACUUAGUCUCAAACAAUUCAAAAAAUAGUAGUUUCUGACACCAUUUUUGUUAAUGGUACAUUUUCAAGAGAUUUGAAAGCUUUUUUCUUUGAAGGAAUCUGAACAAGUGUUAAUCAUCGUUCUGGACCCAAGUGAUUCGGUCUCCGAAUUGGGACAAUCUUCUCGAGCUCUUCGGAGAAGUUGUUGUCUGAAUUGAGGAUGAAGGUAGCGGCGGCGGCGCCCAAAUCUGAGUAACAGAGAAAUAAUCUUCUUAACUGGAUUUUGGUUUCGGUCUUUUUCGGAUACAUAAAAUUUACAAUAUCAUCUGGAAUUUCAGAAUUCAAGUACAGUUCGAGCAAAGCUAUAAUUAGUUUGAUCAGAAUUUGGCGGUGUGGAUAAUAAGCGUCUUGCUUGGAAAAUAGAUGAGAAUCGUAGUUCUGGGUGUACAAAAGCAAAUGGACAAAGACUCCACUAGACACCACAACCAUUCUCAUAAUAAUAAUAAUAUUAAUAAUAAUAAUAUUAUUAGAGAUAGAGAAAGAAUCGGAGAAGAUGGAUCGGUUCUAUUGAGAGCGAGUUCAGAUAAUACUCUCAGAUCCCAAACAACAACUUCAGCCUCAGAUUUCGUAUUACAGUGGGGAAAUCGGAAAAGACUCAGGUGUAUGAAGGUCCAGGUCAAAGACGACUCUACCACCACCAACACCACCACAGCCACCGCUCCGGUUAAUCGGACCACCGUAAGAGUGGAUCGUAGGGUUGUCAGAGCCGAUAAGGACUCCUCUGCCUAUUUAAAUCUCCGUCACAGGCCAUCUUCGCCGCCUACUACUCACCGGAUUCUUAGAAACUCAGAGAGCGCAACUGCCAUGAGAGGCCAUAGCAACGGUGGUGUUGUUAGGGGAAUUACUUCACCGGAUAGGGGUGCGCACGAUAAGAAAGGAGGGGCCACCACCAUCACCACCAUCACCACCAACAACAACAACCACCACCAUCACCAUCACCAUCAUAACAACGAGAACAGUAACAAUCACCAUCAUCAUCAUAACAGCAACAUCAACAAUAAGUCUGGAGCUUCUUCGGAGACGGCGCACGAUAGCAAGAAGGGUGGUGGUGGUGGUGGUGGUUCGUCGUCGGGAAGCGGCGAACUGGCGGCGGCUGCUCUUUGGCCUCCGAAGUUUGUGAUUGCUUUAACGAAUAAGGAGAAAGAAGAAGAUUUCUUUGCUUUCAAGGGUUCUAAACUUCCUCAAAGACCCAAGAAAAGAUCUAAAUUCAUACAACGCACACUCAAUUUGGUUAGUCCAGGAGCAUGGCUAUGUGACUUGACCCUAGAAAGAUACGAGGUCCGGGAGAAGAAGAUCAUAAAAAAGAGACCAAGAGGAUUAAAGGCAAUGGGAAACAUGGAGUCAGAGUCUGAGUAAAGAAAGCCUAUUCUAUUCUAUUCUAUUCUAACUCCACAAAUUAAAGAAAAAGGCUAAAAAAGAAAAGGAAAUGGACUCUCUCUAAUCACUGUUUUCAGCGGUUGUGUUCGGUUCAUUUCAUUCAGCCUUUUCAACCAUAUAUAUAUAAAUAUAUAUGUGUAUCUCUCAAACUUCCACUGGUAUAAAUAUAUAUAAUUUUCAUUUUCCACAAUUUUUCUUUUCUCUAUUACAGUACAAAUAGGAAUAUAGUCUCUUAUUAUUAUUAUUAUUAAUUUUUUGCUUUUAUUUUAUUUGUUUGUAUGUUUGGGUCCAUUUCUCUUUUUAUAAAAAGAAAAUGAAAAGGAGAGAAAAUUUGAAUGGCUGUUAUAUAAUACAAAGCUUAUCCGAAGGUUCAACCAUGUAUUGAAGCCAGGCUAAAUUGAUUUCUAUCUAUGCAAUUGCAUUAUUAUUAUUA